UUGAUACCGAAAACGAUUUUCAAUUAAAUUGAAACUAUCUAAUUAUGCAAUCCUUAAUCUUUGGCCAUCUAUUAUUUUCAUUAAUUAUCACGACGAUUAUAUUAAUCAAUAUAAAUGUUGGUAACGAAGAGACAAUUGACUCAAACUGCAACGAAGGUGAAAUCAGAUUCACUCUUGGUCAGAAAUUAAGGGAAAAAUACAGUCUUCUAAACCAGCCGGCUAUCGAUCCAGAUGAUCCAGUGGUUAUUUACUAUGAUGUGGCAUUGCGACAACUUUUUAGAGUGGAUGAGAAACAUCAAGUCCUCUCACUGCUUCUCUGGGAACGAUCGUCCUGGAUUGACCCCAAUCUGAAGUGGGACCCGCUGGACUUCUGCAACAUCACUGAGAUCCGGAUGAAGGAGACAGAGGUGUGGGUACCAGACAUCGUAAUAACCAACAGCGUGGCUGAAUUCACACGUCCUCUGGACACAAUGAUUCCCCUGCAGGUGAGGCACACGGGAGAAGUGAAGUGGAACUCCCCCUCAAUGAGACAUGUCUCCUGCCCCAUCAGGGUCAAGUUCUUCCCGUACGAUCGACAGAAGUGCAAACUGGACCUUGUUUCGUGGACUUAUACGAGUGACAAACUGCGUUUAACAACCAAGACCCAGGCGGGAUUCGAUCUCUCAUCCACUCAUGACAGCGGAGAGUGGAGUGUGAAGAAUACUACUUUUAAAGAGAGUCUUGUCUAUUAUGAGAAGAGCAAUGCGUCACAUUAUCACUUGCAGUUCAGAAUAGUGAUUGAAAGACGUCCCCUCUACUAUCUUUUCUACCUGUUCGUCCCCUCCUCUCUAAUUAUGGUCUUGUCGCUCAUGACCUUCCUUCUCCCAGCCGAGAGUGGUGAGAAGGCCACUCUAGCUGUGAUGGUGCUGUUGUCUCUCCUCAUUCUCAUGGUCUCUGUGUCAGAGAAACUGCCCGCUAACUCAAAAGAUAUGCCACUACUCAGCAUUUAUUUUGUGGCCAAUAUGCUAACAGUCAGCAUCUCCAUGGUCUUCUCAGUCGCCAUUAUCAACAUGCACUUCCACGCUAGGGAGAUGGGUUCGAACCCCGACAGGACCAAAUCCGAUUCUCAGUCCAUGUCGUCCAGGGUAAAGCAUGUGGCGUUUGAUAAGCUGGCUCCUCAUUUGGGAAUAGAUGCUUCAACUGUGGCUAACCAGAAAGAUAGUUUAACUACUGCUUUCGGUAUUCAUAAUCGUCCAGAGAACACUCUUGGGCCAGCACUGGCAAUACACUCACGUGUCAGGAGCAGCUCCCUUCGAAACUCACUUCAACCCCGGACCCAAUUUUCACCCAAAAUCGCCCAAAUAAAAGAAGACCCAAUCGAAGUUAUAAUUGACAAACUCGCCGUAAUAGAGCACUGUUCUUUGUACAUGGCUAGUACUAUUCAUACUAGUUAUAAAAGAGACGAAAAAAAAAUGCAGUGGAUCUUCAUCGCCAAAAUUGUGGAUCGACUUUUGCUGAUUGUCUUUUUGAUUGUGUUUCUUUUGACGUCAGCAAUGAUUUUGGCAUUCGAGUUUUAUAAUGAUUAUUCGAGUUAA